AGAGCCCGUCCUGUCAGUGCUUCAGUUCGGCCAGACAGACAGAGAGAGAAGGAGAGCAGAAACAGUAGCGCUCCAUACAGAAGUGUGUUAAUUCGUCGAGAGUGUCUGGGCCACUUUUGGGACUCUCUGCCUCACUGUUACAUACAUGCAGUGUUUAACUGAGAUAAAGAGGACGAAGCCCUUUGUUCUGUGGAUAGUUUCCACCUACUUUCGCUUUUAACGUCCAGUAGCUAACCUGCUAACAUGGAGGACGGUAUGAAGGUCCAAAAGAUCCCAGAAGAACACAUCAACAAAAUCAAAGAGGCAUUACAGUCUGUGAACCCAGAAAAAAUCCCCCAUCUGAUUAUGAAUCUCCUGGACGUGUUUGUUCGGUUUAAGAUGGAUGUAGCGGUGACGGGAGAUUCAGGCUCAGGGAAAUCUUCACUGAUUAAUGCACUCCUUGGACUGGACCAUGACGAUGAAGAGGCUGCACCGACAGGAGUUGUGGAGACCACAAAGGAACCUGCGAUGUACCUUUAUCCAAAUAAUCCUCAUGUAAGGCUGUGGGAUCUUCCUGGGAUGGGAACACCUACUUUUAUAUCAAAGAGAUAUGUGGAGACAAUGAACUUUGACCUAUAUGACAUGUUCAUUGUAGUGACAUCUGAGAGAUUCAGAGAAAACAAUAUGCUUUUGAUUGAUGAAAUUCAAAAACGGAAGAAGCCACUUUAUGUUGUCAGGACAAAAGUAGACAAUGACUUGCUUUUACAGAGUAAAAAACACAGGUUCAGUGAAAUCAAUGCCUUGAGGGAGAUGAGAGAUGAAUGUUUGAAAUAUCUAUGUGAAAAAAACCUUAAUGUCCCAGUAUUCUUAGUGUCGAGCCAUAACACUCAGAGCUAUGACAUGCAGAACCUAAAGGACACCCUUGAGAAAGUGGCACCAGAGCUCAAAAGAGAUAUUUUCCCCAUUUUCAUCGCCAAUUUGUCCACUGCACCUGGGAGGAAAGCAACGGCCAUAAAAUGCCAUGCUUUAAAGAGUGGGAAAAUGAAAGAAAAGGACCUUCACAAGCUACAGAAAAUCUCCAAACACUUGAUAGAUGGAACUGAGGAAGUCAAAGCUGCACUGGAGGCUCUAGGCCACUUCCAACUUGAUGUGGCUAUUUUAGGGGAGACAGGUUCAGGGGCAACUACUCUGGUAAAUGCCCUAACGGGUCAGAAGAAUGGCACCAGGGGAUCAGCACAUGCCAAGAUCGCAGCAACGAGUCCUCAGUACCCGGAUAUCAGAUUUUGGCAUGUGUCAGGAACAGAGAGAGAUAUGGAUAACUUACUGAAGGAGAAGCAAAUUUUGGAUAAUUUUGAUUUCUAUAUCAUUAUUGUAUCUGACUGGCAGAAGACCGCUCACAUAGAACUCGCAAGAACUGUAAGAGAGUUAAAGAAGCAUUACCACUUUGUUCAGACAAAGGUUGACUUGCAUUUGCAGGUGAAAGAAGACUUGUGCUGUUCUGAGACUGAGAUUCUGGAUGGGCUUCGAGCACAGUGUGCUAAAGAGCUGCAUAUCACAGAAGCUACCCAAUCACAGCUGUUUCUUAUAAACAGUUUGGACACAAAUUCCUUUGACUUUUUCAGUUUGGAGAGUGUGUUGAGAAGUGACCUGGACACAAUAAGGACAAGUGCUUUUGCAUAUUAUGUUGCUAGAAUUGUCAGACAGAAACAAGAAUCCCACACUUGUCAAAUAUUGUAGCUGAUUUUAGCUGAUGUGUUGUUUUCUGUGAGAGUGCAAUAUAUUUUGAAAGCAUUUAUUUUCAUUUGUGUGCAAUCAGCAUAUGACAAAGACAAGAUUUCAAAUAAUAAAAUGUUAUAAUUUACCCUUAUUUCUGAGGAUUGAGACAUUCAGGGUGAAAAAAUGACUCUGCCACCACCUAAUGGACAAAACUGCAGUUCCUUUAUUGUCUAAAGUCUCAUACAGAAAUUGACUGAUCAGUGUAUUACCUUAUUGCAUUUUAUACAUUUAUUUUUAUAUUUUUCUAUAUAUAUAUAUAUAUAUAUUUGAGAAGAACUAAGGAAUUCAAAUGAACUAUAUCAUGUCAAUGUGGCAAGAACAAAAUAUCUCUUGAAAACUGCACAUGCACACUCUGAUCUCUCCUUUGGAAAACAUUACCUCAUCACAGGAAGCAUUACUGUAUUUUUGAUGACCUUAGAGUCACCCCAGUCAUGUUCUUGGGUUUCUUUCUUUUUUAAAAUCAACUUGAUUCUUAAUUAUUUUAUUGUGUAUUUUUUGCUUUCUUUAAGCUGUUGUUCAGACAACACACAGCAUUGAACUAAAUGGUUUGCUAAGUCUGAGUGGUCAGGGUUUGUAUUCUGCCGAGAAGAUUCAGCCCUUCACUAAAAGUAAUCAUCACUCCCUUCCUCUGUCAUGAUGAAGCCAAAACAAAGAUCCAGUAUGAUACAUGAUGUGUCUAAAUAUGCUGUUGUUAAUGUUGUUAUUUAUAUUAUUGAUAUACUAUGUACUGGUUAAAGUCAGUGUCAAUCAGAAGCACAUUUCCCUCUGUUACCAUUUCAGAGUGAAAUGAGAGUCUCUGAGCUAACUGAACGAUUUGCUCAGUGAGAGGUGGUUUUAGAGAGAGUGGUAAAACUUGAUAUUAUUUAUUCAUAUUAUUUUUCCCUCCAUGCUGUUACAUGGUGAUGUAGUUAAAUAACAUCAAAUGUUGAAACUGA